AAGCACGGGAUUUGCAAACAAAAAGUAAUGGAGGAGUCUGAUUUUGAUGAUAUUUUAGACGACUGGUUCAUCGAAUCGCUGAAAACGUACAAAGACCUUCAUGUGUAUCAGCUGGAGUUUCCCACCAGAGUUAUUGAGUGGACGUCAGGGAAAAGUGAGUAAAUGAAUUGAGCUUGUUGGUUCUUGUUAGAGCAGACGUGAAAUGGAUUGGACGUACCGAGGCGACGCUGUGGGGGAGCGCCCACACUCGUCAUUCGGUGGCGACCACUUGGACUCUACAUACACGGCAAGCAACUACGCCCCGGACGCCGCCCGGCAUGGUUACGCGGUGGCACAGUGGACGCCGUCCCCGGGAGGCGACGUGUCCUCUCCCGGGUUUCCGUACGCCUUCCCUCCUCCUUUCCCGCCGCCACCGACGAGCCACGCCGCUAAUCAACAACCUCCUCCUUCAGGCUUCUUUCCAAACACCUACGCGGCGCCAACACGUCCGCCGUUUGUCCCCAGUUUCAGUUGGACGCCGCAAAACAGCCAACGGGUGGACGUUGCCGUUUGUCCUGUGGAUGAAGCGACUGUGCAGAGGAAGCAGGAUGAAGAAUGGCUGGCUCACUUCCUGCGGAACACGUCUCGUGUGGCGAAGGAUGCAAAGACGCCGCUGUCGGGUCCUGACCUCAAAGAUGUCCUACGGGAGGCGUCUCUUCUGGUGUCCGGGCUGUCGGACGCCUGCCAGUCCCUUAAGGACAACCUGGACGAUAACGGCGUGUGGGCUGUUGCCUACGGCGACGCCUUACGUUUGAAGGCCGACAUGCAAAGCAAACUGUCAAGCCUGGCGGAACGCUCCGAAGUCCACAAGCGGAAGAUGCGAGAUAGGAGAGCGCGGCGCCUGAGAAGCAGGAAGCUGGCUGCGAUGGAGCGAGCGGCGAGAGAGAUGCGCAUGGCGGAGAAAGAGGGCGCCAUUGACAAGUGGAGGAUGAGGCGGGUCCACCAGGUGGAGGAGAAGAAAAAGCAGCGUGAGCUGAAGAUGGCCGCCGACGCCGUCCUCUCCGAGGUGCGCAAGAAGCAAAGCGACAUCAAGCGCAUGCAGGACGUGCUCAAGUCCCUGGAGAAGCUGCGCCGGCUCAGGAAAGACGCGGCUCUGAGGAAAGGCAUCGCCACCGAGCCGGAGGCCGAGGCGGCGUUCCAAAGCCAGCUGGAGGCGCUGCGGCGCGUGACCAAGACCAGGACGGCCAUCUACACGGUGGAGGAGAAGGCGCUGAUGGUGAUGCUGGACAGCAGGCAGGAGGAGCAGAGGAGGGAGCUGAGGAAGAAGGACCGCGAGAAGCGGCUGCACGCGCAGCAGCAGGCGGACGCCAUGUUGUUCGGGGAGCCGGUGUGCGCCGACGCCGCCCUGCAGGCCUUCACCGACUACUACACGCAGUCCGAGUCCUCGCUGCACGCCUUGCUUCAAGUGAGGCGGCAGUGGGACGUCUUCUUGGUGGGCGAGGGCUCGCAUCACGAAGGGAACGCCAUACCUCAGGGAUGGGUCCUCCCCGAGGCCCCGUCACACCCCGCAUGGGCCUCCGCUUUAGUCUGAAGAUGUCCACCGCACCGCUAUACAAACCACACCCACUAGAUAAAAACAAUAAAUAUUUUCCAUAUAUUAGCAGCAGCGGACUAUACAUUGUGAAAUGGGUUAUUUACACAGAAAAUAUUUUGUAAAUGUUUAUUUACCUUAAUUGUUUCCAAACAUUGCCUGUAACAUGGCAGUAAAACGGAUGAUCAAACAAAACAGAAGUCAUCGUCAUGGACCCGGCUGUGAAAGCUAGCCCUCCAAUCAGCUAAACAGACUCAAUAACUCCUUACCAAACUAAAAACAAUGGAAAAAGAAUGCCAUUGUAAGUUAAUAAUACUAAGACAGACAACAAACGUGUUAGCAUAUUAGCUAAUGCUAACGACGCUAGCCUCAUUACAUUACAAAUAUGCAUGAAAACACUCCUACAGACGUCACACACGGGACGCUUUAGUAAGUAAGAAUUGUUUUAGUUAUAUUGUAAAACGUACAAACGUUGCUUGGGGUGAUGAAGGAAGAAUCCGUACGAGUAAAAACGUUAUGGACGGGUACGCAACGGCGUUUGUACUUCCGGUUCAAAGCUUUAAAACAGAAGGAAUUCAAACUCACCCAGCAGCAACUGCAGGGAGCGAACUCGUCCAAAAGAUGGCGCCAUAGCUUGAACAAUUAUACACCGUUAAAGUGUCAUGAAAAUGAUUUGUUUUAUGGCCGUCAGCAAAGAAGAAUCCAUAAAUUAGCCACGGCGUCUUACAAGCCGCAGGAUUCAAAGCGUAGGAAAAAAAGUAGCGGCUUAUAGUCCGGAAUUUACGGUAGUUUUUCUGUGAAGAUGACAUUAUUAUUUUCCAACGUUGACAGCCAUUAUUUCUACAAGUGAAAAACAUUUACAGCUAAUGUGUGGGAUGAGAUAGGCUACAGCACCCCCCGCCACCUCAAAAGGGACAAGCGGUAGAAAAUGGAUGGAUGGAUGUGUGGAUUUUUAUAUGCGACAAUUUGCUACAAAUCACAUUAAAAAGUGUUUUUGUUUUUUUAAAACUCAGAAUGUGCUGUCUUUUCU